GCUUCGCUUGUUUUUCUUCUUUCGGGCCGUGUGGCCGUUUUCUCCUGGCUCCGUAUAAAUCACUCCAUACAAACUUUCUUUGCCUCGAUCCCAUUUAUCCCGAACGCUUUUCACUUCCUGCUUUGCCACCGGUCCUUUCUCUGAACUCUGAUAUACAUCUGGAUUGUGCUUUCUUUCUCUUGACUUCUUCACUCCUUCCCUCAUUGUCACCUUAUGUUAUCUUUCUCUCAUCACUUUCAUAGCUCAGCUUCUUGCCUUUGAACCUGCACUCCAAAUGUCUGAUCCAAAUACUGUGGUUUCUACUCCUCACUCAUCUCAUGCUCCAAUCCCCCUUCCUUGUCUAACCAGGAGUCUCUUUUCUUUUUGCUUCGUUUCACUCCUUUCCUAGCACUUUUAUGCCUGCCUAAAAUAGGGAAGAGUUGGCUUCAAUUGCAACAAGGCUAAUUAAGAGCUGAAGAAGCUUCUUGGAUGAGAAGCAAAACAUCUUCAAAGAAAGUCCAGUUGCCUCUUGAAAAAGCACCUUUGGGACAACUUCAUCAAUUGUUCUCAAAUGCUGAGGUGGAAGCUGAUGUGGUUAGUACCUGUAUCUUGACCAUGGCUUUGCUGAGCUCUGAGGGAACAGCUGAAGGGAGCUUGGGGACCAGUGGCAACUCUUGCCCACUGUGGACCGUGUUGUAUGACUAUGAAGCCACUGGAGAAGAUGAGCUGAGUUUGCGUCGAGGGGAAAUGGUGGAAGUUUUGUCUAAAGAUGCAGCAGUGUCUGGAGAUGAUGGGUGGUGGGCAGGUAAAAUCCAUCAUCGUCUUGGCAUCUUCCCAGCAAACUAUGUGACUUACCAGCCAGGCUGCUACCAACAUCCCCAGUUAGGCUUGUUGGAGAAGACUGAGCAUCAAACUCAAAACCUGGCCAUGAGUGAUGGCCACCCUGUAGAUCACAAAGGCUGUAUGGGUUCUCUAGCAGAGAUUGACUUCCAGCAUCUGGAACUGCAAGAGAUUAUUGGAGUUGGAGGCUUCGGUAAAGUUUAUAGAGCAAUAUGGAAAGGCCAAGAAGUUGCAGUGAAAGCAGCUCGGCAGGAUCCAGAUGAGGACGUCAUGGCCACUGCAGAGAGUGUGAGGCAGGAAGCCAAGUUUUUUUCCAUGUUGAAACAUCCGAAUAUCAUUGAACUUCAUGGUGUAAGUUUGCAGGAGCCCAACCUCUGUCUAGUUAUGGAAUUUGCCAGGGGAGGACCCCUCAAUAGAGCUUUGUCAGGUUCUUUCCCCACCACUAGUGGGGGCCACUGGGGCCGUCGCAUUCCUCCUCAUAUAUUAGUCAACUGGGCAGUACAAAUUGCUCGAGGGAUGCUUUACUUACAUGAAGAAGCCAUCGUCCCCAUCCUUCACAGAGACCUCAAAUCAAGUAACAUACUAUUGCUUGAGAAGAUAGAAAAUGAUGAUAUUCACAACAAAACUCUGAAAAUCACAGAUUUUGGCUUGGCAAGAGAGUGGCACAGAACAACCAAAAUGAGUACUGCAGGCACCUACGCUUGGAUGGCUCCUGAGGUCAUUAAAUCAUCCAUGUUUUCUAAAGGAAGUGACCUUUGGAGCUAUGGCGUAUUGCUGUGGGAACUGCUUACGGGAGAGGUUCCUUACCGUGGCAUUGAUGGUCUUGCUGUGGCUUACGGAGUUGCUGUCAAUAAGCUUACUUUGCCCAUUCCAUCCACCUGUCCUGAACCAUUUGCUAAACUAAUGAAAGACUGCUGGGCACAGGACCCCCAUAUCCGACCAUCAUUUACUAUGAUUCUUGAGCAGCUGACUGCCAUUGAGGGGGCUGUACAGACUGAGAUGCCUCAAGAAUCUUUCCAUUCUAUGCAAGAUGACUGGAAACUGGAAAUCCAGCAGAUAUUUGAUGAACUGAGAACCAAGGAAAAAGAGCUGAGAUCAAGAGAAGAAGAAUUAACAAGAGCUGCUCUUCAUCAGAAAUCUCAAGAAGAGUUGCUGAAACGGCGAGAACAGCAGCUCGCAGAACGGGAGAUUGACGUAUUGGAACGUGAAUUAAAUAUAUUGAUAUUCCAGUUAAAUCAAGAGAAGCCUAAUGUUAAGAAGAGAAAAGGGAAAUUUAAAAAAAGUCGAUUAAAACUUAAAGACGGGAACAGAAUUAGUCUGCCUUCAGAUUUUCAGCAUAAAAUCACGGUGCAAGCUUCCCCAAAUAUAGAUAAGCGCAGAAGUUUACAAAGUAAUAGUUCUAGUCCACCAAGUAGUCCUCCAAUAAUUCCUCGCCUUCGAGCUAUACAAUUGAUUUCCAAAACUGACUCAAGUACAGCUAACGGACAAAGAAACAGUACAUAUGUGUACCAGCAAGAUGUAGAUAUCACAAGUGAAUAUGAACUUCCCUGUGGAGUUCAGACAAAAGUAACCUCAGAUGAGAGUAAUCGAACGUGGGGAAGAAGCACAGCUUAUCACCAGGAAGAAUUUGAAGAGGUGAAAAGAAGCUUUAAAAAGAAAGGUUGUACUUGGGGACCAAACUCAGUUCAAACAAAAGAGCGUGCAGACUGCAAAGAGAGAAUAAGACCUCUCUCAGAUGGUGGUAGUCCUUGGUCAGCACUUCUGAUGAAGAAUCAUAAAGGUGUCCCAUUAGCUUCUUUGUUCAUGGACCAAGAACAGAAACUUUCCCCUGAAGGUCUUGAUCCUAAGCGACCAAAGCAGUUAAAAUUGCCAAAUCAGGCUUAUAUUGAUCUACCCCUUUGGAAGGAUGACCAAGAACUGCAGUCUGCAGAACAGGACAGCUUUGAAGGAAAUUCUGCAAAUUCUGCAAAUAGCACUCCACAAAUGACCCCAACAAAUAGUAUCAGCAGAACGUUACAGAAAAAGAAAACGGACACUGUAUUGUACGGUUGUGCUGUCCUUCUAGCCUCUAUAGCUAUAGGCUUAGAUAUUAGGGAGCCAAACAGAUUGCAAAGUGGGGAUGAAAUGUUGCCUAAGGAGGAAAAGAAGAAACGUGACAGCCUGUUUCAGCGAGCGUCGAAGUUUCGGAGAAGUGCAAGCCCUGUGAGAUUGCAGCCUAAGAGAGAGGAGGCGUGUGUCCCUUCAUCAGCUCCAGGUGCAAGUACGGUGAACCUCCUGUCCAUAUCUUCCAUUUCUACUAAAUGCCUCCUUCAGCCUGACCUUGAGGAUGCAACUAUGAGCACAGCGCCUGGCAGUGAAGACGUCCCCAUUGAACCUUUUUUGCCUGGAAGUCAGACAGGCAAACAAGAACAACUAGACAAAGUUGAUCGGACUGUCUGUCCUGAUUUGCCAUCUCCCAGUCUUCCUUUGAAGCAAGAACCUCAAUGUGCAGCCGGUGCCAUUUCUUCGAAAGUCAAAGUGUGGGGUCAUAGGCGGACCAGGUCAGAUGGAAAUGCGUGUCAUUCCAUAACUAAUGGAAUUUCUAAUGAAACUCUUGGGAAUCUCCACACAUCUGCUACGCCACAAACAAACUUUCAAAAUGACCUUUCACCAGGGAAGCAAGAAAUUGUCAAUAUUAUUCCAAGACCUCGACCUUCUUCUUUAAGAAGCAGAUUGGAUCCUUGGCUGGCUAUUUCUCAAAAUAUAAAUCCAAACCCUUUUGAAACGGGUAAUUUAGAGGCCAACAGAGAUUCAAAGGCUGAGUCACUGACUGAUACCAAGGAGAGAACUAAAUUCCACAUGACGUCUUUAUUGGAUAUGGACGUGGAAGGUCAGAAUAGUGACUGUACGGUACCUUUGUGUAGGAUGAAGAGUAAAGCAGGUCGGCCAUCAAUAUAUGAACUGGAGAGAGAAUUCUUGUCUUAAGUGCCUUGGAAUUUUUAGCCUGUUUUAAGAAUAAACUUUUAUGCUGCUCUUUUCUAAAUGUUGUGAUCAGUAGAGUUUGAUAUCAUGCUAGAUAGAUGAAAUAUUACAGGCAAUGAUCACUGUAAUCCCGUAGGGAGUUUUAUUGAUUCUACCAUCGCUAUCCUGAAUGAAUACACAUAUGUGGAUGUUAAUAAAGUUUUUCAUAAUUUUGA